AUGGAGCCCUCCGACUUGUACUUCCCCGUGUACGCGCCGUUGAUGUCAGGAGUCGACUCUGCCAUGAUGCAAGGACGGGAUGAGAACCUUAAAUGUGAAGCCGGAGCAGCAACUCGGCCGCAGCCGCCAGUCCAGCAAGUCCAGCCGACACCACCACCGGCAUCAUCGCCACCUUUUGGACCCCAACCUUUUCAACCCAAUGUUGUACAGAGACCUUGGCCUGGAAUUCAACCCCGUUCUCGCCUCCACCUGCAAGGCAGCCCGGAAACGGAAACUAUCCAGACAGUUGGGAAACCCGGUACGGUUCUCACUCUGGCCUGUUUAAACUGCCGAGCAAAGAAGAUUAAGAGGAUGGCGGUUGCAAGAAAUGCAAAAAGCUGGGAAUACCAUGCCCGGGGCCCGAGGUUGACGAACGGAAAAGUAAAAGAACAUGAGGAGGGCGAGUCCUGGUCGACUCUUAGUGCAUGGGGAGCAAGGGCCACAGGGCCACCUUUUGGCUGCCGCCUUGAAGUCGACAUGGACACUCAGAACUAUUUGCUCGACCUAUACUGGAAGUACCAACAUACAGAGCUACAGGUAUUUCACCAAGGAGCGUUCAUGCGCGAUAUGGCUGCAGGCAGAACAGGCUUCUACAGUAAAACUUUGCUCUAUUGCAUUAUGGCAUGCGCGGCAAGAAUCUCACCCCGGCCAGAAAUACGUGUUUUAGUCCUGCCGUCCGAUAGAGUCCACAGAGGAAAGGAGCCAUCGCACCCAGGUGAUCACCAGUGCUUGUUUGCUGAAGCUUCAAGAUUACUUGAAGAAGAGAGAGAAAAUCCUGGGGUAACGACUAUACAGUCAUUGCUAUUACUAUCAGUUAUAUAUUGUGCAUUCUCUAAUGAUAUGGCGGGUUUGGCACUUACAAACACAGCUUGCCGUCUUGCGAUUGAGAUGGGCCUCCACCGUGACUGUUCCAAUGAGCGUAUUCCACAAAUUGACAUGGAAGCUCGCCAGAUUACUUUUUGGGGAUGUUUUGUUUUCGAUAGUAUGCAAUAUUGUGCAGCGAUCAUUAUCCUAUAUCGCCCACUAGCUGGCUUUGGAAAGGUUGACACGCGAAAGAUAGAGACUGCGGACAAAUUUCGAAAUAUCUGUGUACUGCAUGCCAUCAAAAUCGCGCACUUCCUCGCGGACUAUCGGGGUUUCCAUAACAAUGCAACCACCCUAAGUGGAAUAGCGCUACAUAUUAUUGAGAUGGCCUGCACCGUACUCAUAUCGGACAUUGCAGAAAGGAUCAAAACCACUGACGUAACCAAUGAGUACACCUAUUUAGCCAUCUGCGUGCAGACACUCCUGGAAUUAGAACAAACAUAUCUGGUCGCUCAAAAGGUCCGCAAAAUACUCAAGAAAAUCAUCGACAUAUGCAACCUCGACUUGAACCGGCUUAAGCAGGUGUUGGCAUAUCUAGAUGCUCGAUAUCAAACUUCUCCUGGUUUUUCUGCGGAGACAAAUGUCGGCCCGUCGUCGCGAAUAUCGUCUGCGAACCUCGCUAGACCGGACUACAGGGACAGCACUGAUACAAGGCUCCAUGGACACCAAAAUUUAUCCACAGAGCCUCACGAUCCGCCGCCUCAAAACCUGCAUGUUCCAAGCUCUUCAGUUCCCGAUGCACCCUACCAUGAGUUUACAGAGCAAGAUAUUUUCCAUACGUACGAGCUCCCUCUAGACCAGACUCGUCACUUCGAACAAUGA